GUUACUGAAUUUUAUUGGACAAAAUCAAAGGCCCAGCAGCCAAUCACAGAACUGUUGCUAUAUCAUACCCUGAGAACCCAUGACUGCUCUCUUCAAAAGCUAAGAAGCCUUCAGUAUUGAAGUGAGGGGAAAAAUUUGCUUCUGCUGCCCAAAAUAUAUGGAUUUCUUUCUGAUUGCAGCCCUCGGUGUUUCCAAUACUUCUUUCUUAAAUACUUGCUUUCCCAGCUACAGUUAAAACCGUCAGGGGAGAGGAAGAGGCUGGAGAAAAGCUGCUGAGGGGUCUGGCUGAGGAAAAUGGCAAAUAAAAGCUUGAACAAGCUUGCAUUUGUGGACGUGUGAUAGAUGAAACCAUUUUAAAGCUGCAAAAUUGCUUCACAUGCCAGCUGUUUUUAUUCUGGUUGCAAAAUGGCUGACACUCUCUUAAGCAAUCUGGACAAACUGCUGCUACAACUUGUUUUUCAGCUUGAACAAGCAUCUUACUCAAAGGAAUAUGAAAGACAACAGAUACAGCAGAUACUUCAUCAUUUCACAAAAUACCGUAUAUACUGCAAACAUUUUGAGGGAAAAGAGUGAAAUCUGCCACCUACAUGAAGAAAUAAAUAAAAGUGAGGAAGCAAUUCUUAGCUUAUGCAGACAAAAUAAUACUAAUAAAGAGAACUGUAACAUCUGGAAACCAACAUAUGUGAUUUUGAAAAAACAUGAAGAAUCUUUACAGAAAGAACUUCAGAAUUACCAAGAAGCAACAGAAAAAGACAAAAAACUGUACCAGGAUUCUAUGAAUCAAUAUCAAGAAGUUUUCAGGCAGCACCAAGCAAAAUAUUUAGAGACUACAAUUGCCCGAGAAUAUUAUCGUGAAAAAAAAGAAUAUGAAGAAAUUCAAGAUCAAGUUCAACAAAAUUCCAAAUUACUUAAGCAGAAAGAAGCUGAAUUGAUAGAUCUUCACAAACCUGGUCCUUUCCAGUCACUUUCUUCAUGGGCAACACAUAUUGCUUCUCUGCAGCAGAACACAAAGGAAACUCUUACUCAUGCAGCAGUUCUCAAGCAGCAAUCAGUUGAACUUGUCAGAACUGCAAAAGAGCUAGAAAAGAAAAUGAACUACUUCAAAGAGCAUUUAGGCAAUGUUACCAAAGAUCAAAAGCAUACUGAACAGAUGGAAGAGGAUUCUAAUGUGAUAGAGGAAAGAGCAAAAAAUCAAGAAAGAAAGAAGGACUUUGAUGAAAGCUUGUUCAAAGAGAGUCAACAUUUAUUGAAUGAGAAAGAACACACAUUUAAACCACUUAAUCUACCUAGUAUUUUUCAGAAAUUAGUUCAAAGUGUGCCAACUGUGAAACCACUAUUUCAGAUCACAGACAGAGGUGCAGAAAAGAAAGAGGACCUGGCAGGACAUUCCAUAGUGACUAGUAUGUAUUUCAACCAUGUAGAAAAUGAAAAUCAGAAAUGUGAUAAUUCAGAAACCAAGAUUGUAGAAACAGAUUCAUCUAUAACAAAUGAUCCCAAAGAAAUAUCAAAUAGAUUAUUAGCUAAUCACAAGAACACACUUACUAAACAGUGCUUUAACACUGAAAAUACAAAAGGAAAAAAGACUGACUACAAACAAAAGGAAAACAAAUCAAUGGAUUCUGAAGUUAUAUCUCAAGAUAGGCAGACAGAAAUUUAUACUAAACCUACUGGAUGUUAUUCUUCAACAAGAGAUGAAGAUACUGCAGCAACUCCACGGCUAAUAACUCCAGAGCCUAACAUACUUCCAAAGACACCUGACUCUGGUGGGAUGAGAACUCCAUUUGAACUAUUUCCACCAGAAAGUGAAGGAUUACUGGCCAAGUCACCUGCUUUUUCUUUUCUUGCUGGAUUUACUUCAAAGACACAGUCACCUGCAUUUAAUUUUUUUGAUUUUUCUGCAUUUGGAACUGAGAGUUCAUUAGAUCAGUCAGGUGAAAGCUGCUCUACUGGAAAUAUAAAUCCAAUUUCUCCACACAAAGAUAUUGGAGAUUUCUUUGGAAAAAUGGAUAAUGAAGACUCAUUUACAUUUGCAUUUCCAACACUUCCUUCUGCUCAGGUUUUUCAAGAUGGUAAAGAAGAUUUUAAUUUUCCCUUUGCUUUUGGAUCUUCUGAGCAAUCCACUCUAAAAGGUUUUCAAUCUGCCUCAGAAAACAGAAAGCCAUUUUCACUUUUCUGAAUGUAUCCUUAAUUGCGUUGUAAUAUUCUACAUAAAACAAGAAAAAAAUAAUGGAAAAAAGUGAAUAUAAAUAUUUUUAGCCAUGUUGACAUGUUUUCAUUCAAUUCUUUUUCAGUUUAUAAACAGCUCUUAUUUAAAAGGUUAAAGGCAUCUAUUCUAUUUGUUUAAGUGUGUAAUGUGUUUUAUUGUGGGGCAUACAGGGUAAGCUUUUAAAUUUGCACAUUAGCCUUUUCAACAGGUUUGCUGAUGUUGAUAAAAGAAUGAGCUGUUUGUUUCUAUAAUGACACUAGAAAUAUAAAAGCAGUUUGUUAAAGUUUUUAUAGUUAAUAAUGGCAAAAU